UGUUUGAUCAGUUUGUGAGAAUAUGUUCUGCAGUGUGGAUCAUUUAUUAUUGUCAUGCAAAUUGAUACCCAGAUUUCUACCUUUCUGAUUACAGGUUUUGAUUGACCUUGGAUUUACAAGUGAGGAUUGGAAAGUUGACUUUCUCCUUGGAUAUGGACAAUGCAAACUUGACUUUAUGAACUAAAUGAUUUAAAUCUCUUACCAGAACGCACAAUAGGCAUGCUGCAUCACAUUACCUUAGAUUCCCACUAGUAACUAGACUUGUUCUGCCUUGAAAACUGACAAUCUCCUUGCCUUUCAAUGAAGUCCUGUUUAGUGCUAACUUUGCUUUUUAUUUGCUGCACUCUUGUUGUUUGCACACUAGAUAAUGGGGCAAAUGACAGUUUCAUCAUUACAGAAAGGAUCAGUUCUGUACCUCGUUUUCAUACAAACUCAGCAGCACACCAUGACCUAAUAGUGAAGGAAGGAACCAGUGUGUUAAUAGAAUGCAGUGUAAAUGGCAGCCAGUUCCACGAUAUUCUGUGGUACAACUCGAAAGGAAAUCUACUCAAGGAAAGCAGAGAUGGAGGUGGAAAAUGGCUGAUUUUGGACAGUGGAGAGCUGAACAUCACCAGUAUUACCUUUGCCGAUCGAGGUCGGUACACAUGUGUGGCCACGAACACUCACGGCACUUUGAACUACACCAUCACCUUACGUGUUGUCUUCACCACAGGAGACAUGGGUAUUUAUUACAUGAUCAUUUGCCUCAUUGCAUUUACUAUCGUUAUGAUUUUGAACAUCACCCGCCUCUGUAUGAUGAGCAGCCACCUCAGGAAAACCGAAAAAGCCAUCAACGAGUUCUUCAGGAUGGAAGGAGCAGAGAAGUUACAGAAAGCGUUUGAAAUUGCGAAACGCAUUCCCAUCAUCACGUCUGCAAAGACGCUCGAGUUGGCCAAAGUCACUCAGUUUAAGACGAUGGAGUUCGCCAGAUACAUCGAAGAACUUGCUCGCAGCAUUCCCUUGCCGCCGCUUAUCCUGAACUGCAGAGCCUUCGUGGAGGAGAUCAUCGAAGCUGUCCGGAUGGAGGAAGCCGAACAGGCCAUGGCCGAAGAAAACAAACGAGGACAAGCGAUCGGCGGUAACGAUGAGGUUUACACUAUUGAAUCUGAAAUGCAACGCAGCAGUUCACCAGCGGGAGAGUCCGAUGACUCCUUCAUGCACGAGGAUUGCCAGGAAAUUGCCGUUCAGGUGUCUGUACAUUCUCAGUCAGAAAAAAUGAGCAUUGAUACCCUGUCCCACGAAAGCAGCCAAUUUGAACACGGUGAUGAUAAUUUGCCCAAGAUGCACACAGCAAAUAAAAUGGAGAGUGUAGUGUAUGAAAGUCAUAUCUAGUCUGUACAGAAAAUGUAUGUGGCUUAUAAUUGUCUGUGGAACUAGUCCACUGCAAACUUAUAAUUUUUUUAAAAAAAGUGGGCCAUAGGCAAAUAUUCAAGCCGUAUCAAAUAGUCGUGUAUAAUUGUCAUUUGUGCCAAUUUUGAUAGGAGUGUUUUUAAGUUUGUGGUUACUUGAACCCUGUCACUUAAAGUCAAUUGUUCGGGCCAAUUACUCAAGUGUCAGUAUAUCUUGCUUAAUGGAAGCAACGUUGGUCAAACUAAAUAAACCAAGGAAGUGAAAGAAACGUAAUGAUUCCCAAAAUGAACUUUUUAAUGCCACUUUUUAGGAGUUUAAAUUUAUGAGAGUCUUCUUGGAGCAUACCUUUGUUUCAUUGCCUUGUUUUUCCAAUACAAGUGUUGGGUUCCACUGCUCAUUACAAUGGAAAUCAGAAACAAGGUAGCACAUAGUACUAGCUCUUUAAAAAACAAAAUCAAUAACUUUGCCAAGGGAAUUGAUCACAGAAAAUCCACCAUUGUUCGUGCUUUUGAUCUCUCUCUAAUAAUCCUUUCUUCCCCCCCCCCCCCCCCCAAUUGUGUAGCUGUUUUUGAAAUAGGGUUGAGUUUAGGAGGGAUUCUUCAAGCAUGAGGUGUUGGACGGAAGCAAAUCCUGGGGGAAUUUAAUCCAGCACAAGUCAACACUUCAGGAGAGAGAGAGGUGGUAGGAAGGUAGAGGUGAUGGACCAAAAUAAGUCCUAUUUUUGUCUGUGGCCCAUCACUAAUUCUGAAAAGAAAGGAUCACAUAGUUUUCUGUUAGUCCUAUUGUCACAAUCCUUAUUAUUCCAUAUUGAUGCAAGCAAGGAGAAAAUGGCAAAUAAAAUAUUGUUCACCAAAUUCUUCCUAUUACACUGCACCCAAUAGAAGACCUCUAUUAUAGCAUUACUAUAUAUUCACGACCAAUUUUAAAAUGUCUCUCAAGCAGUGAAAAUGUUAGUUGAUUAAUUUAACAGAAUUUAUACAACUGUUUUUAUACAUUGGAUUUUCUCUUGUAUCUAUUUCAAACCCUGCAAGUUUUUGUACAAAACCACUUAAUACCGAACUGCCGAAAUUAUGAUCCAGCGAUAUGUCCCAUGUAUAUUUUAAACUAAUUUUAUUGAUAAUGGGCCACCAGGUAACCUCUUGCAGUGAAGCUUCCUUCACCUGCUGUGCUGCACUAAGCCAUACUGAAGGUUGUACGUUCAAACCCUGGCCAGCACCAAGUUAGCUUAUCUCAGCCACAUCAACAAGGAUGAACACUGCACUACAGUUGGCUUAUUUGCCUCUUGGUGCUCGGGAGGUUCAGUAAUUGUGCUCCCAAUUAUCCACUGACUGAAGGUGUUUUUGUCUGAAUGUUGCCGAAGAUCAGACUUUGGCUGUGGCAAGCCAACUCCGCCCACCCCCAGUCAUAGCCUCAACACACGUGCAAUGAAUUCUCAUUUCGGCGAGACAGUAAGCACAAUUAGUAGCAGUGGAUCUGUAUCCCAGCCAAGAGUUGGUGACUUCAGGAGAGGGAUUUGGAGAAAAAAAAGAAAAUUAACAAUUUGUUUUAACCAAGUGACCUGUAGCAAUAUGGUAAAAAUGUAAUGGUGCUCUAUAAAAUCAUUCUCUUAAAGCAGGAGCGUACGGGGGCGCUUUAGUAUUAUACUCCGUCUGUAUCCAAUUUACAGAUUUAGUGAAAUUCUCAAGUUUUGAUUCCAACUAAAGCUCUAUUAGGAUGUGUGUUGUGGUGCAGUGGUUUUUGUAUGUACUAGAAGUUGUUUUUUUUUAAACAGUUUGCCCUGUUUGUUUCAUAAGCUGUGAACUGAUAUAAUUUGUUUCAUAUGCAUUCUAUUUUUACCAAAGCUUUAGUGAGUAUUCUGCCAAUUAAACUUAAGUAUAAAGGAUCAAAUAUCUCAAAAUGAGUGUACGCACGUUCGCCUAAGUUACUGUUCCUGAUUUUAAGUGUGGGUCGGUGCCGUUGUCUAGCAUUAGGCAAGGAACAAAAGUAGAAUACGUCAACCCGAUUACAAUAGAACAUUCCAGGAGGAGUACAUUUUAAAUAUUACUGAAGCUGCUAUGUAGGGUACAUGUCUGCAUUAAAAUUCUGUUCUUCUGUCUUGACUGAAUCCUAUUGACUUGUACAAAAUGUUAAAUUGUUAAACGGAAACGUAAACAGCAUUUGAAAUUCACAUGGAUUUGGAUAUGCAGUAUUUGGACACGCAUCCUUUUUUUUCUUUUACCAUUUGUUUCAACCCCCACCCGAAUGCUGUUGUCUUUCAAAUAAAAUAAUCUUGGCAGGUGAGACUAUUUCUGAAGUACUGAAGGCUGGAUUUGAUUUGGUUGAAAGCAGAAUUGCAAGGAAGCCAACAAAAAUUCUAAUUACUUUCAGAAUUGAGAGUCACGGCUGAAAAAAAAGAGAUAUUUCCACUCCUCAGUGUUUAAAAACAAAGUUACAUUUAAAUAGCACCUUUCCCAUCGCGAGGAUGUCCCAUAUUAUAUAGGCUACCAUAUUUUUUUUGCGGGAGGCGAGGGGACAAGUACAUAGACCAUAGUUGCAAAAUACUAGAAUAUUACAAUUACCAUUACUUCACACGACUGUAUAUUUGGAAUACUGUAACGUCUAUACACUGGGAUAUUAUAAAUACACACUUUGAACCUAUUAUAAAUGAGCUGUAAUGCAAACAAAAUCAUAUCUGCAAAACUGUGGAAUUGAUUUUCAAAUGAAAAUGAUCCAGCCAUGUAUGCUUUUACUUCUUCCUGCCCUUAAUUCAGACCAAGGUUGUCAUUUGUGGCAUUACUAGAAAUUACAAUGGCUUGUCGACAUCCUAAGCAACAUGUAAAAUCAGUUAACAAUUUCAAUGCAGGAAUUUGAGAAUUUCUACAUCGCUAAAUACCUCAAGUUACAACCGACUAAAAAAAAAACUGCCAAGUUAACGUUUAUGUGGAAAUAUUUUCAAAAAUGGUGCCUUUUAGUACUUUUAUAAAUGUGCUAUUAUUAGUGUAAUAUUACACAUGUUAAUCUUUUUCUAUCAGCAGCUGUUAUUCGAGUACUACCUUUAAAGUUGUUUUCGAUGGUUUGGUUAAUUUCGACAAGCAUCUCAGUCUUUUCGGUGACAAUCAGUCUAUUAUUUCACUGGAGAAUUCAGCAACAUUUCUGAAACAUCUGUGGCGGUGCUCACUAUCUUGGGGAAGGCAUGGCCUUGAUCCAUAAGUCUGUACAUAUUUCUGUAAUCUGUAAGAGUUUGGCUUUCGUGAAUUGCUCUUUAUUGCUAUCUGUACCAUUCAAAUAAACUUUCAGCAAGCUCUA